AUGUAGUAAAAUGAACGAAUAAUAUGGAACAUUCAAUCGAAAUAGGCUUUUUUUGGAAGAGAGACAUUUUUAUUUGCGUGUCAUUUCAUUGAAGGACUUUUAACAUAAUUUCUACAUUUUUUGACAGUUGAAGUUGCGAUCUGCGCCAAUAACUAAAAUUUGUAUCGAAGUGCUUCGGAUUAGUUGAAAUGUCCCAAACUAAGUCGUGUCGUGGUGUUACACGCGUCCUGGCCAAAUUGGAAGAGUCUGUGCGAUCGGGUAAAUAUUACGAGGCCCAUCAGAAGUAUCGAACAUUAUAUUUUCGCUACUUGUCGCAAAAACGAUUCGACGAAUGUUUAGAACUUUUGUACGAUGGAUCACUACGGCUGUUAGAGAAUGACCAAUAUAGUAGCGGUGCUGACUUGGGUUUGUUGGUGGUUGAUACGUUAGAAAAGACAACAGUGAACGACUCAGAAUUUUGGAUUCACCGACUGGGCAAAUUAUUGGGAAAGAUUCCAUCUAAUUUAGUUGAACGUGAGACUUUGCUUGUUAAAUCAGUGAAAUGGAGUAGCGAAAUUUCAAAAAAUAAAAUUGGCCAUCCGACAGGCCAUCCGACAAUGCACAAGGUGAUUGCGCAGUUAAUGUGGAGUGAAGGCAAUUUGGAGCAAGCUCGUCAUCAUUUCUUACUCUCAAAAGAUGGCAACGGUUGUGGUCAAAUGUUAAUCGAAUUGAGUCAAACUAAAGGCUAUCCGAAAGAGAUCGACUUAUUCAUAGCUCAGGUUGUGUUGCAACAAUUAUGUCUCAAAGAAAUUACAUCAGCAGCUGAAACAUUUCACACAUACAUUAAGUUUCAUCCAAAAAUUAGUCGAACGGAUCCACCAUUUGUGAUGCCCUUGCUGAACUUCGUAUUUUUCCUACUGAAAAUUAUUGAAAGCCGAAAAUUGGCGAUAUUCAAGAAACUGUGCGAAUUAUACAAACCAUCGUUAGACCGUGAUCCAUCUUAUGAAAAGUAUUUAGAGAAAAUCGGAGUCAUAUUUUUCGGCGCACCAACUCCACCGCAACGAGCAAAUAAUGGGAUAUUCGGUGAUUUGAUAAAUCAACUAUUUCAAGGCCUCGAGGAGGAGGACGACGACGAAAAUCCAACCUCUUCAUCAGUUGAAGCCGAUUUAGAUUAGGACUUUCUUUCGAAUUGUGACGAAAAUAACACAUUAAUGUCAAAAAAUGUAUUCUUCAAUAAAACUGAAUCGUGGAUAAGCUGAAGCUAAAA